UUCAACGUGCACAAUGGUGACGUUUACCAUAUCAUGAUGGCGGUAGCCUGGACUAUUUUGAAUUCCGUCCCGCUUUUCGAAGUUUACGCCAUGUCUAGUCUGUAAAAUGUUUUACUGUCCUGGAGAAAACGCCAAAUAACUCAACGGUUAACAUGGAUUCCGUCGUGGGGGACGAUGUGACCCUCCCCGUUGACAUUAACGGAAGGAGAGUGAGAUUGUGCUGCAGACUACCAGACUCCAUAGAUGCUGGAGAAUUUUCCACAGACAGCAUGACAGCUCCAUCCAUCCCUGACAAGAUGUCCCCAAUCAAAGCUCUCACCAUGAAGGACUAUGAGAACCAAAUCACAGCUCUGAAGAAAGAGAACUUCAACCUGAAGCUGCGCAUUUACUUCAUGGAGGAGCGCAUGCAGCAGAAAUGCGAUGACUCCACUGAAGACAUUUUCAGAACGAACAUUGAGCUGAAGGUGGAGUUGGAGUCAAUGAAGAGAGAGCUGGCAGAGAAACAGGAGCUACUUGUUUCUGCAUCGAAUGCACUGGAGAGUCUCGCUGGUCAAGGAUCAGGAGAACCUCAUCGUUUAAGGGAACAAGCUCAGAGAGAGAUGGAUGCACUUAGGGACGCAUUUAACAAGAGGAUAACUGACCUGGAACAGUCUCUGCGAAUGGCAGAGGAAGAGGUUGAAAAGAUGGCUGCCAUCGCUGAGCAGGAGAAGCUUAAAAAUAUUAAAAUGGAGAAGCAGCUUCAAGCCCUCGAUCCACAGAGCACCUUCACCCCUGUCCCAAGCCCGGUCCAAGACCUGCAGCAGGCCCUGCAGGAGAAAGACAAUAUCAUAGAGCAGCUCCAGGUCACUUUAAAGAACCAGGAAGCUGUGAUCCAUCAGAAGAAAAGUGCAGACCAAGAGACAGAAGCUCCAUCAGCUGAUGAGGUGAAACAGCUGUCUGAUCUCAUUGCCAAGAAAGAUCAGGAACUUGAGGCACUGAGAGACAAGCUGCAUAGAGAGAAGGAGCAAAGGAUGCCAGACCAUCAGGAGCAGAGUGAGGUUAGCCGAUUGCAGUCCUGCAAUAAGCUGCUGACUGAAGAGCUCAACCAGACGAAAAGCACCAAUGACACCCUGACUAAAACCUUGGAGGAUACCCAGAAUCAAAACAAGAACCUGUUAGGGAAGUUGGAGGAGAAGGAGAAUGAUCUCAGCUCUGAGAAGAAAAAUGCUCUGAAGCGGGACAAAACUAUCCAGGGGCUUACUCAGGUCCUCAGAGAAAAGGAAAAAGAGAUUGCAGAGCUGUGUCAUGAGAUUGAGGACAGGGAUGACGCUUUGGCCAAGGCUAGAGAGGCAACACAUAAAGCCCAACUGCAGAAAUACCAGGGAGCAGAGGAGCAUCAAAAUGUAUUGAUGGAAAAGCAAACAGAGUUGGCCCAACUCCAGGGGGAACACCAUGCCAAGGUGCUGGAAGCCCAAAAGCUACAGCGUGCCCUGGACCGCAAGGAGCAAGAGCUGGCUGAUUUACAGCAGGCCAAGGACCAGCUGGAAGUGGAACUGGAGGACCUGCAACAGCAGAAGAAGAAGGGAGACAAAGCCCUGAAUGAUCUGCACAAUCAGCUCAAAAAGCUGAGUGGUGAGAUCGGGGACAGGGAGAGUGCUCUGGAGCAGCAGUACCAGGAGCUACUGGAUCAAACCAAAAGAAAGCUGCAGGCCCAUGAGGUCAGCAUCCAGCGGCUCACAACCACACUGGCUGAUAAAGAGCAGCAACUACAGGAGUAUAUGAACAUGGUUAGGGACUUUGAGCAAAGCAAAAGCCCAGGAGGAAACGAUAAUGUGCUUUCCAAGCUGCGGCAAAGGCUUAAAGAAAAGGAGAAGGCUCUGGAGCAAGCGCUGGAUGAGAAGUUUGCUGCCAUUGAGGAGAAAGACAAUGAGAUACACCAGCUGCAGCUGUCUCUUAGGGAGAAGGAAAGAGACCUUGAUAGGCUCAAUAACUUGCUCUCUCACAACGAGGAAACCAUCAAUAGUUUUGACAGUCUGAUCAAGGAGAAGGAUGUGGAGCUGCAGCAUCUUGCAAACACACUAAAGAACCUGCAGAGAGCCAAGCAAGAUGUAGAAGACAACUUGAACAGAUCACUGAGGGAGAAGGAUUCCAUCAUCAGCCAGCUUCAGCUGUCCCUGGAUGGCAAGACAAAGGAUAUGGAGGAAAUGACGGAAUCAAUGCUGAGCCAGUCGCAGACUCAUGCACGUGACCUUGCUGAACAGAUGGGCCAGAGGUUAAAGGUCACAGAGGCUAUGUUGGCUGAGGCUGUGAAGGCCAGGGAAAGGCUGGUCGCCGACAAUGAGAGUGCUGUGGAAGGGCUGUUGGCUACGAUCAGCAGCAAGGACCAACUCCUCAAGGAGUCUGCAGAGCACUACAACCGCAUGCUGUCUGAGCGCACUCAAGAGAUUCAGGAGCUGAGGAAACAGCUGUCUGAUAGGCAGCAGCGGCUUGAGACUGCUGAGAAGCAGAGCUCCACAACAGCCCAGGAGGGUUAUUUAGAGACUGCGGAGCUUCGAGCCCUCCUUGCUGAAAAAGACAGCAUCAUCAGUAAACUUCUGCAGCGAGGUCAGGAGAGGGACCAGUUUCUGGCAGAGAUGAGGCAGAAGGAGCAGGAGACAGAUCAUGUGUUGGAGCUGAGACAAACUAUCCAAAUCAUGCAGGAGAAGUUGAACGAGAGUGAAGCUGAGCUGUCCAGGAGGAACAGUGAAGACAGCGUGGAGAACAUUCCUUUCUCCAAGAAGACAACUGUCAUCCUGAAGAAGGAGCUUGCACAGAAAACAGAGGCACUGAACAAAGCACUAAAGAGGGAGAAUGAACUGAAGAUUUCUUUGGCAGACCUACAGUCCUUGCUAUCUGAGCUGGAGGGUCGCAGUGAAGGUCAGGCUGCUAAUAUUGAGUCCCUGACUGCCACUCUGAAGACCAAGGAUGAGAUUAUCAAUGUUCUCCAUCAGCGCCUCGGUCAGAAAGGGGACAGUUGGGCUGAUCAUAUGCAGGAUCAGGUUAUUGACUCUGGUAUGGAGAGAUCACUCCCUGGGCUCCCUCAGAGAGAGAGAACCAUGAUUGGUGGAGACAGCAAGCAAGAAGCUUUGCCUAACCUUAUAGCCUUGCAACAGGAACACGAGGCUCUGAACAAAGCCCUGAGAGCUGAACAACAGCUCUACUCCAACCUGGUCAGGACUGUACAGGAACAGGACAGUGUGCAGCGUCUCCAUGCUCUGCAGCUCGAGCUGACGGCAGUGCAGCUCCUCAGGCAGCAGCUAGAGGAGAGCAUCAAAACUAAUGAGGAGCUGAGGGACGACUUGGAGAGAGAGAUACACCGAGCCAAACUCAGAGAAGGUAUGGACCUGAUUGAUCCUAAAGAACUGGAGAGCAUGAGACAUCAGCUGGAGGAUGCACAGCGCUGGAAUGCAUCUCUGCAGGCUCGCUUAGGAGCCAUACAGAACCGUGGAGGAGGUGUUGGUGGGGCCAAUGAUGGUGGUGACACUUUGAGUUUCAUUGGAGAUCAGACUUCGUACAUGAGUAUCUGUGUGGGAGAGGGGCAGGAUGACAGCUUGUCUCUGCUGUCUGCACAGGAGCUCAGGCAGAAGGUGCUGGAGCUGCAGGACUGCGUCGGCAGACUGCAAACUUUCAACAUGGAGCUGCAGAACCGGCUGUCAUCGUUGGAGAAGUCAGACCAAGAUGCUUACAACAAGGAGGACAAAGACAUAGUCGGCUGUAGCCCCUGGAAACAGCAGCUCGAGAAGACGCAUGAGAUGCAGCAUGUGACUCGCCCUGGUCAGGACAAAGAGAGUCAGACAGACAUCAGAGAGAUGGUGUCUAGAAAGCAGUUCGUUGAUAAGAGUUUGCGCUGUGACCAGAGUAGAGAGCAUGCUCAGUCUGGCAGCGACACCUUGGACACUGGAGAGAAAGGUUUUAGGGAGCGGAACGCAGAUAUAAUGGCACUUAAAUCCCUGUUGACUGACUGUGGGACCACAUCAGUUUCUGACCUUAGAGAGGCUGUGCUCAGACUGAGAUCAGAAAAUACAGAGCUGCGGGGUCUCCUGAAAGAACAAAAAUCUACUGAGUGUAAAGAAAGGGAGAGCACAGACGUCUCAGGGAACAGCAGCGAUGGACAGGCUGAAUUAAGAAAGAGUGUGGAGACUCUGCAGGUUGAGGCAGAGGGUCACCCCAAGGUCAUAAAUCUGACGAAGGAAGGGUCAGAUGGGGAGACUCCUGUAACCUCAGAGCUAAUUGUCAGCAACACGGAGGGGAUGGAGAGUCGGCAAACUAAAGGCCAAUCACACAGCAGGAGUACAAAGCAGCAUGCUGCAAGGCGUGGAUCUGCUGUCAAAUCUCGACUCCCCGUCCCUGUGAGGCUGAGAGUGGAGUCUACCAGCAGCCGGUGGUCUGUGGGCUCUGACCAUCUGAACACUGAAGCACUUCAGCACCCUCCUUUGGGUGAUGUUUAUGGGUCUGACCAGCAACAACACACAGACUCAGACUCCCCAGUGUCACCUCAGCACAGCACUUCCCCUUCUUCCACACUCAGAUAUGCACAUCGUAACUGCAGUCCUGAAGCCACAACAACACGGGAUCACACCCAGGCCGACUCCUCCCUUUCCACUCAGCUGGAGCUUCUCCACCAGGAGUGUCAGGAGAAAGAGGCCCUGAUCAACAGGCUAAGUGAGCAGCUAGUUGAUUGGGAGGAGCUCCACGCUCAACUUCAAGAAAAGGACCGGCUCCAUCACCAGUAUGUGGAGGCCUUGCAGGCUGCGGAAUCCACCAUUGCUUACCUGACUGCCUGUAGUCUGGACAGGCAGGGAAGCUUUGGCCCGCACACCAGUAUGCAUACAGGUCCUGAUUCUGUGGGUUCAGAUACUGCUCUCUACAGCAGAUGCAUGGAGCUGCAAAAAGCACUACAGGCGAAGGAGGAGCUCAACAACCAGCUUAUAGAGCUUCUGAAUAUGGCAGAGAAGGCCAUCACUUCCUCUGACACCCAACAAAAGAAUACAGAAAUCAGUGAUUUAUGUCUGAAGAUAGAGACUGCCUUGCAGCAGGUGAGUGCAUCUGCAAACAGACAAAGCCCAAGAGGUAGUUUUGGAGGCACAGAGGACUCCAUGCAGGAAUUGCAACGACAUGUAGACUCUUUGCAGGAGGCCCUGUUGGAGCAGAGCAGGCUUAAUGCUGAGCUGCAGGAAAAACUGAGAACUGCAGAAGCUGCCUCUCAAUGUGGCUACAACAGUAACAGUGCUGACCAGAAUGGCAAAUUGUCAAGAAAGAUAACAGAAUCACAGGAGGAGUCAAAGGAACACCAAAUGGAAAUGGAAGGUUCUGAUAAUGUCAGUUUAAAUCAGGACAUGACCAAAAUUCUAAUGAAUUGCCUCAGUGCAGCAGAGUCAGCUGUUGCCUCGCUGGUAGCACACUGUACAAAUACCAGCUCCUUGGUUUCUGGUAGAUCAUCACAGAUCAGCCCUGACCUGCAGACGAAUUUAGACAAACUUCAGAGAGCCCUGCAAGAGAUGAAGGAACUGGGAGAACCCACCCAGCCCUGCACCAAGUCCACCAACAGUCAGUCCGCUGCUUCACCUGGUACAACGGGACAGUUUCACCAAGAACUCCAUGACAACCUCUGCCGCCUCUACAAGGUCUUCACUGACUACUAUCAGAGGAUCUCUGAACUCCAGGCUUCCCUGCAAGAGGAGAGGGGCCAUCGAGAGGAAAGCAAUCAGCACAGGAUGGUGCAGGAUGCCAAGGGAUUACCACCGAAUGUUCAGAUUCAGCUGGAGACUCUCCAUAAGGCGUUGAGGGAGAAGAAGAAAGCUUGCAAAAGCCUGGAGGAGAAACUGGCCACUGCUCUCACCAACACAUCCUCCCCUGAAACCGCACGGAAAGCUCUGGAGCAGGAUGACAAAGGCGUGCAGGUGGAUUUGCAGGACCUGGGUUACGAAACCAGUGGCAAGAGUGAGAACGAUAGGGAAGAGAGCAGUAGCACAGAACUAGAGGUUGGUGUGAAACCCAGCUGCAGUGCAUCUAGCCUGCCAUCCCUGCUGAAACAUGAGCAGGCCACAUUCUCCUCUACUGAAAACCUGGACUCAACAUCCAGCACCCCGUAUCCCAGUUCCCCAGCUCUCAGCUCAGCCAAGGUCAGUCUGAAAAGCCUGCAGGUCUAUGACGAGUACGGUGUUUCUGAAGACCCUCUCCAGCUUCAGGGACAAGUCAGAGAGCUGAAGGUCCAGCUGGAAAACCAGACCAAACUCAUCCUCCAAAUGCAAAACCUUCUGCGCAGGAGCUCUCUUUCCAGCGACCUGGUUGCCAACACCUCUGAUCCCUCAGCUGCUAGGGAUCAAGAGGGGACACAAAGAGAGGGACGUAGCCAGGAAAUGAGCUACAGAAGCGGGCAGCUAGGGGAGAAAAAAGGGGAGACCCACGUGAUGAAGGACAAAACCAGCAGUCUGAAUAUGGAACUGGAAAGAGAGAGGACACUGAACAGAAGUGAACAGCUGCAGCAGACCCGCAGCCGCUCCACAUCACCUGGGAGACUGGACUCCCUGGUGCAGUCGCAGGCCAGGGAGCUGUCACAGCUGAGGCAGCAGAUCAAGGAGAGCCGCAGGCUGGGAGCCCUGCAGCGUCGGCAGCUGGAGGAGCUGAACAAGGCCUUCAAGGAGCUGCUGCGGGGCAGUGAAGUCGACUACUACAUGGGGGAGGUGGUCAAAGAGCAGCUGGACAAGAGCCUGGGCAUUCUGGACAGGCUGGAGGGACGGCUGGAUAAAGGAGAGUCUCAUCUGGAUAAUGAGGACGUGGCGGCUCUGGAACUGUCUCGCAGGCUGGCUAAAGAGCUUCAGGAGAAGAACCGUCUGAUCCAGAGCCUGCAGAGCCAGUUAAGAGGCCAAAGUCCCAGUAGUCACCACAGCUCUCAGUCCGAUCCGUACCACUCAGACAGGACCUCCCCCUCCUCCAGCUACAGCAGCCCAACCACACAGGGCGGCAGUCGAGCCCACAGCCAGCGACAGGCCCCUGAUUGGACGGGAGCGGCCGUCCCUUUUGUAGGAGGAGCUCAGGAGGAAGGUGUGCCCGGUGUGAGCAGCAGACUGCAGGGCCUGCAGAGGGAGAACGGGCGACUGCAGGAGCAGCUGAGGAGCAGCGAGGAGCUCAACGCCACCCUGCGAAGUGAACUGGACCUGCAUCGCUCGAUAAUGGCCCAGAGCAGCUCCCACCAUCAGGAACAGGAUCACGGCUGCAACGGGGCCGGAUCAGGGCCUCAGACACAUACAGCAAAAGGAGACGGAGACGCACAAAAGAAUACCGCCGAACAGCCCUGCACGAUGAACUCAGACGUGCUGGGAGAACAUCUGCAGGAGAUCCGAGCCCUACGGCAGCGCCUGGAGGAGAGCAUCCGCACCAACGACCGUCUCAGGCAGCAGCUGGAGAAGAGACUGGCCGAGGUGGAGAAAGACCCAGCAGCCACCAACAUCUUCAUCCACGGCAACGAGGAACAGGGUCAGCUGGCCAAUGAGGUGCGAUUCCUCUGGGGUCAAAACCAAGCCCUGAAGGAGCAGCUCAACAUGGGGUCUAGAGACAAGCAGAAGGAAAACGAGAAACUACGAGAGACUCUGGCCAGGCGGACGGCCAAACUGGAGCUGAGCAGGAAGGAGUGCGAAGCUCUGAGGCAAGAAAACAGCCGACUGCAGGAGAGGCUUGAACACAGCAGCCAAGAAAACUCCCAGCUGCAGGAUACAUUGCACUACAGCAAGGAGGAGCUGCACAGGCUGCAGUGUGAGGUGAAGCUCCAGAGGCAGCAGCUGUCAGACUCGCAGCAUCUUCUGCAGUCACUGCGGGUGGAGCUGCAAGUUUACGAAAAGCUCAAGGCCGAGGCUCAGAAACACGACGCAGAACCCAGCGAGGCGCCGCAGGAGUCCGUCCCUCCCUCCCGCUCGGUGGACCUGAGUGAGCUGCUGCUGGAGAUCAGACACCUGAGGCUGCAGCUGGAGAGGAGCAUCCAGACCAACACGGCCCUGCGACAGCGACUGGAGGAGCAGCUGCUCAGAGGACCCAACCGCUCGGAAACCAUCAACAUCAACUACCUGCUGUCCUCUCCAGAUGAAGGAAGCAGAUCACCGGGUCGCGAGGGCUGCGAACCUUUCCGUCACUCAUUUCAGAGUCACAAGGAAUUCGCCAGCGUCCGCCACGAUGAGAAACGGCGUGCUCGCUCAGAGAUGGACGGAGGCUCGCUCAGCAGCAGCUCCGGCGACAGCGUCUCUGGCGCUCCCUCUCGCCUGGUGCCGGGUCACCGGAUGUGGGCCAGUCGCAACGGCCGCCACGUUUUGGGUCUGAUUGAGGACUACAACGCCCUCCGCAAGCAGAUCUCAGAGGGCCGGAAGCUGUCGCACAGCAUGGACACGCAGCUGCACGAGUGUCUGCAGGCAUUCAGACAGCAGAGCACCGACAACAAGAUGAUGGAAGAGCAGCAUCUGAAGAGUUUGUCCGGCAGCAUGACCGCCAUGCAGCACGUGUUGGAGGAGGCUGGUCGACUGCUCAAACUGGUGUGGAGAGUCUCUCUGCCGGCUGCUAACACAGCAGGGGACAGCGGCAACAACCAGCAGGAUGAGCUGCUGAAAAAUGAGAUUGCCAGACUGAAGAGCAGGCUGUCACAGCAGGAGAGGAUGCUGAGUGGAGCCGUUAAACGCCUCCGAACGACCAACCAGCUCAAAGAGGGAAUGGAAAGAGUCAUCAUCGAUCAGUUGUGUCUAACCCACGGAGUGCUGAAGAAAGCCAGGGGGAACUUAGAGACAAAUCACUGUAGCCUCUUUGGCCUGAAGGGCCUGUGUGGAGGACCAGACGAAGGAGGUCCCAGUCAGUGGCCAGUAGGGGGCACUGCAGACCCUCAGCCCGAGCAGACGAAUGUUCUAAGACGGACUGCAGGCCGACGCUCUGACUCGUCAGAGGGUCACGACGACGACGCGUCCUUACACUGCAGCUUCUAAAUCUUUUUCUAACAGACAGCUGAAGUUCAUCCUGCCUUUCUGCCCUGCUGUUAAUCUGUCACCUUCUGGAUAUCAAAGCCUUUUUUGUACUAUAAAUUGCACAAUUGCCUGCCUAUAAUCAUUUAUUUUAGGUACUGAAGUUGUAAAAGUUUUUUUUUUUUUUUUAAAGAAAAAGAAAAUGCCUUUGUAAAUAGUAAUUC